AUGAUAUUUAAAAUAUAUUGUUUUUUAAGUAUCUUGAUUGUAGCUGUGAUGCUUGCUAAUUAUUACUUAUAAUAUAAUUAAAUAUUUUCUUGCUUUUUGUAUUUUUGUUCAUCAUUCUUUAAUGUUUUAGUUUUAUAGAAUUUUAUUAUUAUUUUAUGCAUUUCUAUAGUCCUAUUUAUUUUUAAAUUGUCUUUUGGUAACAUAAGAGAGAUCGAAAAAAUAUCCAUUAUUGAAAAAACUUAAAAAAAAUUACCUGAUUUAGCUUUAUUUAUUAUACUUUAUGUAAAAAAUAUUUUCCAAGUAUAAACAGUUAUUAAGAUAACAUUUUUAUAUAUAUUCAUAAUAUAUCAUCAAGUAUUAAUAAAAAGAACUGAAUAUGUAAAAAAAAAAUUAAAAUUAUUUUUUAUAUGUUAUUAUAAAAAGUUAAUUACAGAAACGGUAUAAGUUAAAAAAAAGCAUUUAAAAAUAGCACAAAUAUAUAUAAUUUUAUUUAUAUUGGAUUUUAUAAUAUGUUAUUAUUUAUUCCAUUUUAGAAUAUAAAGUUAAAUAUUGAAGUUAAUUUUUUUAGAUAUAUUAUUAACAUCAUUAAACUUAUUGUUUACCUUUAUAAAGUAUAUAUUCCAUUUGUACGAAACAUAUACAUAUUCUCAUAUAGAAAUUAAAUAUAAUUUCUUAAUGGUAUUAGAAUUUCUUAUAACAUUAACAAAAUUAAUUCUUUAAAUAUAUGCAAAAUUAAUAUUACAUUUAUAUACUCUAAUAUUGACUGAAUUUGCUGAGAAUAUAGUGACUUUGUAUUAAAAUAUAUGCCUGUUUAUAAAAUUAAUUAGAAUAUUGAAGCUUUUAAAUGAAUUACCUGAUGUUAAAUAAGAAGAUUUAAUUAAUUAGGAUGAUAUAUGUUUAAUUUGUUUGUAAGAAAUUAAACAAGGUAAAAAAAUUGGAUGUGGACAUUUUUUCCAUAAAAGUUGUUUGAAAGAACUUAUUUAUGCUAAAUCUAUUUAAUUUUGUCCAAAGUGUAGAAAAGAAAUAAAAAUAUAGGAUUAUGUCAAAGAAAUUAAGUAGAAAAAAUAACAAGAAGGAAGUAAUAUCACUUAAAAUAUAAAUAACGAAUUUUCAAAUUAAUCAAAAGAUAAUAAAUUAUUAAAUAAAAUUAUUAAUUAAAUUAGUUCUAUUUAAAUGUAAUUAACUGAUCUUAAAAAAAAUACUGAUUUUUAUAUUGAAACUUCACUUAAUAGCCCAAACUUUUUCGAUUUUAAACCUUCAAUUAACUAAAGUUUUAUUAUUAUAUUAUAUUUUAUUUUUUAUAAUUUUAUAUGUUUAUUUAUAGAUAAUCCUUUAUCUUAUGGAUUACCAUUGGAAGUUAAUUAUGAAAGAAAUAUAUAAGAUAUAGUUAAUAAUAAAAAAUUACAAAUACUUAAUAUUAUUUUAAGCAAUUAUGAUAUUAUAAAUAUUUUAUUUUAAAAUUAAGUAAUUAGUAAUAAUAGUCUUAAUUAAAACAGCGAUUACUAAUUUGAUGAUAUUUCCUAAUAAAAAGAUAAAUAAUAAUCAACUUAAAAUGAUCAUUUCAUAAGUAGAAAUGAAUGGAUUGAAAAAUUAUAAAAAAAUAUUUAAUAAAACUGA